UCCCUAUCAAUAACAAUCUUCCACACAAUAUAUAUAAAAGGUCUUUUUAAACAGUUGGUGGGGUGGUUAACAGCCACUGUUGUCUGUUAGUCAGUGUAAUAUAGUUUCUACAUCUGUGGUUCUGCCCCUACAACAUAUAAUAGUAAUAAUCUGUUUACAGCUGAAGUGAAGUUGCUGUAUCAUCAAGAACACACAAUGGUGUGCUACAAUUUAGUGGUCCAACAAUCACCUCCAAUUCUUCUUCAAUCACAAUGUCCCUCAAAACCCAGGGGGAUGCCUGUGAAAGUGACAUCUGCCUGCUGCACUGAAAGUCCUAUAUCUAGUAAGGUUGGGGUUAAACAAGUCAUUUCAGGUCUUGCAGCAUCGAUCCUAUGUCUCUCUCAAAGUAACGUGGCUUUUGCAGCAGAUCUUCCUCACUACAACAGUGUGUUCCAACUUGCAAAUGCCACAGACAGUGCGCCAACUCUUCCUUUGGAGAAGGGAAAUGAUGGUGGAGGUGGAAAGUUGAUGAUGAUGCGAGGCAUGACCGCAAAAAACUUUGAUCCAAUCCGGUAUUCUGGAAGAUGGUUUGAAGUAGCUUCUCUUAAAGCUGGAUUUGCUGGUGCUGGUCAAGAAGAUUGCCACUGCACCCAGGGAAUUUACACUGUUGAUAUGGCCGCACCUGCUAUCCAAGUAGACACAUUUUGUGUUCAUGGAGGACCUGAUGGAUACAUCACAGGCAUAAGGGGAAGGGUUCAAUGCCUUAAUGAGGAGGAUACGGAGAAAAAGGAAACUGAUCUAGAAAGGCAAGAAAUGAUUAGGGAGAAGUGUUAUCUUAGAUUUCCUACAUUGCCGUUUAUCCCAAAGGAGCCUUAUGAUGUGAUUGCAACUGAUUAUGACAACUUUGCACUGGUUUCUGGAGCUAAAGAUAGAAGCUUCAUUCAGGUAAUCAAUUAUUUCAGUUUAAUUGCUGCUGUGAAUCGAAGGAUAUUUUAUUUUGCUCCAAUGUGUGAAAAUACCUCCGUAACACAAGCUUCUCGUAGUUUCUGCAUUUCUCAUGCUCAACACAGAGCACCGUCACACACCAAACGUGACUCUAUUUCUUCAUUACUAUGAAUCAUUUACUAAACA